GUUGAUAUUUUGCUGAUUACAAUGAGUAAAAAAUGUAUCGAAAAUGAAAAAAGUUUAAUAAUUUGCGAUAAUUCUAUUAAUUUACGAUAAAUUUAUUACUCACGAUGAACACCGGUGAUUCUUUUACGUAAUGAACGUUUCGUGUCGGAGUUAUCGUUUAAAUUUUAGUCAUCAAAAUGUUUGUAAAUAAUUGGUUACUUUUCCACGUCGGAUUCCUGAUUAGUUUUGUUCAACGAAUACCUUUUAUAUAUGCUAAAAGCCCAGAUCACGUUACCUGUGGUUCAGUAUUAAAAUUAUACAAUAUAGACUACAAAAUAAGAUUGCACUCGCAUGAUGUCAAAUAUGGAUCAGGAAGUGGUCAACAAUCUGUUACGGGCACAACUGUCCCCGAAGACAUCAAUUCACACUGGGCCAUUAAAGCAGUGACGGGUCAGACCUGUGUUAGAGGCGAGUCAAUUAAAUGCGGCGAUACAAUUAGAUUACAACACUUGUCUACCACCAAAAACCUACAUUCACAUUUCUUUAGUUCGCCUUUGUCAGGACACCAAGAAAUAUCGUGUUAUGGAAACAAUGGUGAAGGAGACAGUGGAGAUCAUUGGAAAGUUGUAUGCGAUGAUGAAUAUUGGAACAGAAGUAGGCAAGUGAAAUUCCAACAUGCUGAUACGAAAAUGUUUCUAGCCGCUACUCAACAAACGUAUGGCAGACCCAUCAGUGGUCAACAUGAAAUAGUCGGUGUUGGAAGACAAGAUGCUUAUGGUACCGCUUGGAAACCAAUGGAAGGAGUAUUUAUUCAUAAGAGUGAUUUCAAUCCUAAAGAACUCCACGACGAACUUUGAAUGAUGUACUCAGUUUUAAGGAACGGCAUUGCACAACUUUCAUAGCGUUGAAUCCUUUGACAUACUCGGACUUGUAAAUAAUAUAAUAGACGCCAUACGUUGUUGAAUAUUGUACAUAUUUGUUACUUGAUCUUUUGUUUUUUUUCUUAUUACUUAUGAAAAAAUCAGUCUUUCUAAAAGUAUUGAAUAAACGCGAAUACUUUUCAAAUUGUCAACAGCCUGUAAGUACAAACGCCGCAUACUUAGUUUUUGUGAAACAUGAAAGGUCAAGAGGAAAAAACUGUGUUCUUUUUCAACUCAUUUUCUUCGUUUAUUAAAAGAGCGAUUACAUAAAUAAAUAGUAAUUAAUUUGAUGGUCAUUAUAAGACUACAAAAAGAAAUAAAUUUUCAUUUUUUUGUGUUUCAA